GUCACAGGACCCCGCGACAGGCAGGGAAUUCAAAAAUUCAAAACAAACUCCGCAAUGUUUGUUGUUCUGUCAUGGUAGUGCUUACGCUGGUCUCGCUGCCGGAUUUUAAGUGAAAUUAUUUCAUCGUUAGAAUGGAGGUAGAAGAAAAGCACGAAGUUGGUUCAAAUGUAAAAUUAAUGGAAAUACCGAGGCCUCCUUCGAUCGAUGAUUUCACCGUUUUGAAGCCCAUCAGCCGCGGCGCCUUUGGAAAGGUCUACCUCGCUCGGAAGAAGAGCAAUGCGCGCUUAUACGCUAUUAAGGUGAUGAAGAAGGCAGACAUGGUGGAUAAAAACAUGGCGAGUCAGAUGAAGGCAGAGAGAGACGCCCUAGCUCUGAGCAAAAGUCCCUUCGUUGUUCACUUGUUUUACUCCCUCCAGACUGCAGCCAAGAUCUAUCUGGUGAUGGAAUACCUCAUCGGUGGGGAUGUGAAGUCUCUACUCCAUAUUUAUGGAUAUUUUGAGGUGGACAUGGCUGUGAAGUACAUCUCUGAGGUUGCAUUGGCUUUGGACUACCUUCACCGCCACGGCAUAAUCCACAGGGACCUGAAGCCAGACAACAUUCUCAUAUCCAACGAAGGCCACAUCAAGCUGACAGACUUUGGUCUCUCAAAGGUCAAGCUAGACAGAGAGCUGAGUCUUAUGGACAUCCUCACAACUCCAUCUUUGGCGAAACCGAAAAACGACUUCUUCCGCACGCCGGGUCAAGUUCUCUCUUUGAUCAGCUCCCUGGGAUUCAACACGUCGGCAACAGAAGGGAAGCGGCACUGCAGCGCCUCGGUUGUGUCCAGCCCGAUGUCCUGCAGCAAAGUGAAGCAGAAGAACAAUUCGCUUGGUUCUCCUGUGAUGAACAACUCAGAACAGCUGUUUUCUCCAGCUGACUAUCUUUGUAAAAUGAGACCUAAAACAAGAGUUUUCAGUCCUCAUAAAGUGGCCAAAAACUUGACUCCCAAUUUGCUGAGGAGCAGAAAGCGGUUUGAGACAAUGAGCGCCGGAAGCACCACCAACACCGAGGGGGACGUCAGUCCCAUGUGGGAGUGUGAGAAAGAAAACGAGCAGGGGUCAAGAGGAUGUGGAGUUUCUGCUAAAGAUGCCCAUAAUCUGCCCAAAAAGUCCAGUUCUCCCAGCAGGAAACCUCAAGUGUCGUCCGCAGUUCGGCGCCAUCUUGAAUCAGAGCGAGAUAACUGCCAGCUAACAGUUCCCUCCUCUGUAAAGAGGACAUUUUCAGAUAUGAACCAAAGUCCAGAGCUGCUGGAGACCAGAGCCAAGAAGACAAACGCAGACUACAAGAGAUUCUUUGAGAUUCCCGAGACCGCUCAUAAUCACACUGGUCUGACUGGGACAUUCUCCACCAUCCAGGUAGGCGACUUCUUGACCACCACUACAGGAAACAUGGCGGCGGACCACCACAAUCUGAGGCGCUACAGCCCAAUCCCCGUCGCCAAAAGUCUUUUCAGUGAGCUGGAGGAGCCGGUAGAGGACGUGUUUGAAGGCGGGACAAAAGAUGCGUCCCAGUGCAGUUUCACGUCCCCGCUGCCGGGGAACGUGGACGUCUGCCGGAGCCUGAGCCUGGACUCUGACGGCUCCAUCCAUGAGACGUCUCUCAACGUGGACUGUAACGCUUCUCUCCAGCCAAUCAAACCAGCAGAAAGCAGGAACUCCGUCCAUUCACCGGAGGAGCGCGAGCAAAGCUCCGAGUCGCCUCAACGGACUUUCCCUGUUACCAUAGAAACUCCCAAACUAAAUGCGUCAGACCUGAGAGGUGAAUCCUUCCAUAGCCGAAUCCAUGACAUGUCCUGCAGCUUCUCGCAGUCUUCGUCCUUCCUGAAACCGCGGAACGUCGUGAUUUUCCGCAGCUACUGCAGCUCCAUCAACCGCACCAACACGUCCGAGGUUUCCAGGCUCAGCGUGGGCUCCGUGGAGGCCAUGGACUUGUCCGCCGCCGCUUCCUGUAACUCUGCCCGCAGCACGGCUACGCCGGUGCAGCGGAGGCGAAGCUCCAACGGUUCCAUUAACCAGACUCCUCAGCCCAUGUCGACCUCACACACCCCUUUCCGGACUCCAAAGAGCGUCCGAAGGGGCGCGCUGCCUGUUGAGGGCGCUCCAAUUUUGGGAACUCCGGAUUAUUUGGCUCCGGAGCUUCUUCUUGGAAAACCUCACGUUUCAGGAAGUGCUCUGUUCGACUGCAUGGUGGACUGGUGGGCGCUCGGCGUGUGUCUGUUCGAGUUCCUCACCGGAGUGCCGCCCUUCAACGACGAAACUCCCCAGCUGGUUUUCCAGAAUAUUCUCAACAGAGACAUCCCUUGGCCUGAAGGAGAGGAGGAACUUCCUGUAAACUCCAGGACUGCCAUUGAGAUCCUGCUCACCAUGGACAUGACGAAACGCGCCGGCUUGAAGGAACUGAAGCGCCACCGCCUGUUCGACGGCCUGGAUUGGGACAACCUGCAGAACCAGCCGAUGCCGUUCAUACCGCAGCCGGAAGACGAAACCGACACUUCGUACUUCGAGGCGAGAAACGACGCUCAGCACAUCGCCGUGUCUGCCUUCAGUCUGUAGCCUCAAAGCUUUGGUUUUAUGUCUGUUAAAUCGCACCGAUUUAAAAGUGUAGCAAAAUCAGAGUCGCAGACGGAAAUGUAAACGGUUCUGAUUGGUUCUCUGUUCACUGGUUCUUUUAAAAGAAACUUUUACACAUGUGCAAUCACUGCUGCUGUAUACUGUUGAGAGGAAAGUGUUUUAAAACUUUAUUUACUAAGAAGUCUUAAUUAAUGUUCUUUGCUAGCUAACUUUAUCGUCUGCAGGUUGUGGUGUUUAGUUUCUGUUUUCUCCUCUGCCUCUACGUUUUUCUGUGUAAAGGUCAUGACCUGCGGACCCUAAAACCGUUUAGGAGUGCAACAAUACUGAAGAAAAACCUAUUAAUAUAUUCAUAAGUAAUGUUUUAAUGUGUCAAUUUCUGUUUCCUUUGUUUUAAGAUAUAUGUGGCGUUUUGAAUUAAAACAGAAAUUUUCUCCUUUAUGUGUUUUGAUCUGUUUCUUUGUUCCCUGUACUGCUUGUUCACUGUUUAAUCUUUUUUAAAGGGACAAUGCAAAUAGAAUGUGUUUGCUACAUGAUCUGCCUUGAACAUUUUUCUAACUUUUUCAAUAAACUCUAAAUACUUUACUGUA